GAAAGUGGGAGUGGGGAGUGGAUAUCCUGGAAUUGGAUGAUGAAGGAAAGGGUCAGAAAAGGGACAUGGUUUGGUCUUUCAUUUUUAAUUAAUAAUUAAUUAAGUAAUAAUAGUAAUAAAGAAUAACAGUUGACGAAGUAAGUGUUUAUAUUAUGGAAUACAAUUCCGUCUGAAUUCCAUCGCAGCUGAGCCAGCAGAAGAAGUGAGUACGAAAGCAAACAAAAAAAAGACUCCAGAUCUGGAAUGUCGAAUCCUACAGCCAUUCUGAAAGUAGUGGCGGUGCAAGGCAAGAGGUUGGUUAUUAGAGACUUCAAAACCAGUGAUCCUUAUAUCAAAUUCAAGCUUGGCGAUCAGAUUGCAAAGACUAAGGUUAUCAACAGCUGCCUAAACCCUGUCUGGAAUGAGGAGUUAACAUUCUCCCUUACAGAUUCUGUUGGAACUCUCUAUUUGGAAGUGUUUGACAAAGACCGUUUCAAGGCAGAUGAUAAGAUGGGAUGCGCUCAUGUGAAUAUUCAACCACUUGUAUCAGCAGCAAGACUGAAGCAGAUCCUGAAGGUUUCUUCAGGAGAGACAACUUUGAGAAAGAUGAUCCCGGACAGCGAUAACUGUCUUGUGAGAGAGAGUUGUAUCAAUUGUGUGAAUGGUGAAAUUGUUCAGGAGCUGUGGUUAAGACUUUCUGGGGUUGAAUCUGGAGAAAUCGAACUGAAACUCAAGUUGGAAAAUCCUUAUCCAGGUCCCCUCUCCGGCUAGAACUUUGAUGUAUGGGUUUUUUGUUUUGUUUUGUUUUGUUUGGCUGGUCAUAAUUGCCAGAGCUAGACACUAGUGUUUGAUAUGAGUACAUGUUUAGGGAGGAAACUGUAACAUUAGUAGACAGCUUGUGGUUGUUUGAGUUACAGUUUUAGGUAGACGGGAAAUUGGAGGGGUGUUGUAGAAGAAAGUGAGCAGAACAUGGAGUACAUUAGCAUGUUUGUGAUAGAAGUUUUGACAUCACUUGUAAUCUUGUAUGAAGUUUGGCUAUGGUUUCUGCGUUACUAUAUGAAGUUUAAGUUA